AUGACGGGCAGGGCGAAAGCGCGUCAGCCAGGUGAUAGCUCACGAGCUGGCGCAUCAGUGGUUUGGCAACUGGGUGACGACCAAGUGGUGGAACUCCAUCUGGCUCAACGAAGGUUUCGCAGACCUGUUCGAGCACGAGGUCAUGCAUUCGAGGGAGCGCAUGGUCCUCGACGAGCAGAUGUACGCCUUCGACGCCGACUCCGACGCCUUGUCCCCAGCCCUCACUCUCGACGAGGACCGAGUGAACUCUCCGGAAGAAAUCGGCGCCCACUUCGGCACCAUCACCUACAGCAAGGUAUCGACAGAAAGACGUAG